UUUUAAAUUGUUUAAAAUUCAUCUUUAAGAAUAAAAGAAAUUGGCAAGUUUACUUUACAAAGAAUAAUCUUCAUAGUUUGAUGGUUGUGUUACCAUAAAUAAGCUGAUGGCACGAAUUUUUGAUGGAACUCAUCUCAGCAAAUUAUAAACAAUCAUCUGAGUUUAAUUUUAAGAUCAGCCAAUUAAACUAGACCAACUCUCUCCGAUUCCACCAAAUCUGUAUUUAAAUGCUGUUAUUGGUGUUGGCGUUCUUAAAAGGAAGAGUGGGCCCAAAUCUAAUUUCUCUUAAAGCCCCAAAGAACCUAGGCUCAGUCAUGCCCAGAAAGUUUGGUCCAUUUUGACAUGAUAGUGUUAGCAAAAAAGGAAAAAAAGCGAAUCAUCUUGGAUUAAGGUCACGGCACACUUCUGCAAUCGAUUCACAUAAAAUAGGUCUAUAUAACUCUAAAUGAAUGACUGGUACAUCACCCACGUCACAUCCUGUGAAAUUUCAUUGAUAUUUACAGGUCUGUGUCCAGGUAACACACAACAGGGGCAUUUCAGUUCAGUGACUUUUCUCUCGAACAGUUCAUUCAUAUAAAGAAAUCUUAUAUUUCUAUAAGAAUGUGCUCAUCAUGUGAGCGCUCAUGAGCUGUGCGUGAUCAUUUCUGGUGAUUUUAGUGUAAUUUACAUUAUAUGAGAAUUAAACUCCAAAAUAGCUGGUAGUGUUGGCCCAGAGUGUUUAAUGAACUCCAAAGUCAGAGCAGUCAUCUACCAGGACAUUACAGAGCACCUCAUGCUUCCCUCUGCUGAAACGCUUUAUAGAGAUGUUGAUUUCAUUUUUCACUGCCAAGAGGCAGUACCAAUAACUGCUUUCAUUUAAUGGUCAUGGUACCACUAUGCCUGACUGGUGACCAAACUUAUGGCCUAAACCUCAUACAGAAACUAUGGGCUACUGUCGAGGAAGAUUAGAGACACCAGAACCAACAAUGCAGUUAAUUUAAUGGCUGUUAUUAAAGCAACCAUAACAACUCAGAGGAGCCACAGGCUGAUCUCCUCCAUGCCGCACUGCAUUGAUGCAGCAAUUCAUGCAAAGGAUGCCCCAAUCAAGCACAGAGUGCAAAUACUGUGCAGUCUGUGAAGAUACCAUUAAGCUGGCUUACAUUUCUGAAUUAAAAGUUCUUUUGUUUUAUUGCGCCGAUUAAAUAUUCUUUUACAAACUGAUUGUUUGGCUUUUGUUAGCUGUCAGCCCAAAUGAUCAAAAUUAAAUAAACUUGAAAUAGAACACGCUUUGUGUAAAUAUUACUGAUAAUGUAUGAGUUUCAUUUUGUGAAUUGAAUUACUGAAGUAAAUUACAUUUUCAAUGAUAUUCAAAUUCACAGAGAGGUGUCUGUAAGUGGCCAAUCAUGGAAGCUGUAAGGCAGCCAAAAUAUCUAACUCUAAAUAAUAGUAUGGUUUUACAAAAAAAAAAUUGUAAUCAAGAAGCCUGUGAUUUAAGCCAUGAGUUUAGAAAAGAAGGUAAUAAAGUUAACUUCCAUGUUUUGUUGUUUUCUGUUAUUUUCAUGCGCAGAUUAGUUUUUACGUGUUUUGAGCACACUGAUAACAAAGCUAGGCUACGACAGUACAUGUUUGUAUUUAAAAAAAUAAAGAAAUAAUAAUAUAUAAAUACAUAAAUAAAUAGAAAUCUAAGUGUGAAUCUGCACUCAAUAUCAAAGUCGUGAGCCCCAGUACACUUUUAGGUCUAACAACACCCCUGGACUACAACAAUGGCAAUGCGUUUAAAAAACAAGUCACUGAAAGUUUGUCUUAGUCGUAUUAAAUUAAAAUACCGUUAUGACAUAUGAUGCACUCUUUAUUUAUUCGCAUAAACUUAUUGGCACCUGGAGAAGUUGUAAUACAAGUUUUUAAUUUUCUAACAAAAAGGUGUAGCUUAAAAAAAAACCUCCCCAAUCAAUGUAUUUUGGUGUUCAUGCCUUUUGAACCGAAUCAAACGUGAUUUCUUUCAGGCGACAUUGUUCCGACAUUUAACCCGUCUGAUCUGGAUGUGCGCGGCAAAAACUGCCCUGAAAACUUUUCAAACGUCGCACAAGUUCUUCUUAUCUCGGGGCUAAGGCUUUUCGACACAUGUCUGCAACGACAAGAUGGGAAUUUUGGUGCUGACACAGGGGGGGAAAUCGGCUCACCGGGGACCCCAGGCACAGCGUCUCGGGGUUCGCUGAAACAGUGGUCUGAAUUCACCCAGGUUACCCCUGCAGCCCCGGACCGUCCGCAGCUCCUCGGCGCACACUGUGCUGACUCUGCACAAGGAAAUCACCAGGGAAGUGUAAAGAAGGCGUUUUUUUUUUCUCUCUCUUCCCUCUUCCCCGUUUUUUCAUCAGGUAGGACAAGCAGCAACAGCCCAGCUCCUGCUUGUCUGUGAUUCUUGCUUGAUUUCUUCACUUUGCGGGUUUCAGGCGACACAGGCGCAGCGCUCCUCUCCGGGACACCGACGCGUAUCCCCAGCCGACGCGCGAAGCGGCUGCGACUCUGCGAUCCUCCUGGAUAAACCCCCCCAUCCCAAAAAACAAAAACAAAAAACUGACUGUGUUCUUCGGGUUAAUAAAACUUGUCAGAAACAUCGAGGCAGCGGUUGUGAAAGAGAAAAACCGAGCGUGGGUCCUGGUAUCAAAGGCAGCAGGACUGAAAGAGGGAAAAAGUUCCCCCACUUGAGGGCGAAAUCAGACUUUUUUCAGGACGCAAAGUCUCGAAAAGCCCCAGGAGCCCCGAGGUCUGUCAGAUACAACAUGCAGCAAUGGCCAUUCGGUGCACACUGGUGAACUGCACAUGCGAGUGUUUCCAGCCUGGAAAGAUUCACCUACGGACAUGUGAUCAGUGCAAACAUGGCUGGGUAGCUCAUGCCCUGGACAAGCUCAGCACCCAGCACCUGUACCACCCGACCCAAGUGGAGAUCGUCCAGUCCAAUGUGGUGUUUGACAUCAGCAGCCUGAUGCUGUACGGCACCCAGGCAGUUCCCGUCAGGCUCAAGAUCCUCCUCGACCGGCUCUUCUCUGUGCUGAAGCAGGAAGAGGUGCUUCACAUUCUGCACGGAUUGGGUUGGACCCUCAGAGACUACGUCAGGGGCUACAUACUGCAGGAUGCUGCAGGCAAGGUUUUGGACCGCUGGACCAUCAUGUCCCGUGAAGAAGAGAUCAUCACCCUGCAGCAGUUUCUGCGCUUUGGUGAGACCAAGUCCAUCGUGGAGCUGAUGGCUAUUCAGGAGAAAGAAGGUCAGGCAGUUACAGUUCCCUCGUCAAAGACAGACUCUGGGAUUAGGACAUUCAUCGAAAGUAAUAACAGAACUCGCAGCCCAGGGCUCUUGACACAUCUGGAAAACAGUAGCCCCUCCAGCAUUCAUCAUUUUGAGAAUAUCCCCAACAGCUUAGCCUUUCUCUUACCAUUCCAAUAUAUCAACCCAGUCUCUGCCCCCAUGCUUGGCUUGCCCCCUAAUGGUCUCCCAAUGGAGCAGUCUGCCCUUCGGCUUCGGGAGCCCAGCCUUCCAAACCAAGGAGAGCAGGUGGAGACCAGUGAAUCAGAGGUGUCCCUAUCACCCUUCCGCACAGGUCAGAGCCCUAGCCGCGGAGUACUGGGAGGAAUUAACAACACUGUACCCAAGACAGAACCCAACAACUGUGCAUCGCCCAUCUCCCCGACCCCUUCCACCCAGCAAGCUCAGCAGCAAACAUCACUUCAGCAGCAACAGCAGCAGGGCCAACAGCAGUCCCAAAAUCAGUCUCAGCAACCCAACAGCUUGAGCGACCAUCAGGUGCACCACCACUAUAUUAAGGAUGAGCCUUCAAAAACCAUCAGCCAUCCUUCGUUCUCCUCCAAGAUGCAUCGUAUUCGCCGCAUGGGAGCCACCUCACGUAAGGGUCGUGUGUGCUGCAACGCAUGUGGAAAGACCUUUUAUGAUAAAGGCACACUUAAGAUACACUAUAAUGCUGUACACUUGAAGAUUAAGCACCGUUGCACCAUUGAGGGAUGCAAUAUGGUCUUCAGCUCACUGCGCAGCCGCAACCGCCACAGUGCCAAUCCCAAUCCACGGUUGCACAUGCCCAUGCUGCGCAAUAACCGUGACAAAGACCUUAUUCGUGCCAAUUCCACCACAGGUACACCUGUCAUCUCAAGCAGCAAGAAUGGUGGCUUCACACUCACCAGCCCUGGAAGGCCACCAUUGGGCUUCACUACUCCCCCAAUAGACCCUAUGCUUCAGUCCCCGCUGCAGGGUCCUCUGGUGUUCCCCUCAUUGAAGUCAGUGCAGCCAGUCCAACCAGUGCCCCCAUUCUACCGAACACUUGUGUCUCCAGCAGACCUUGUCAGCCCUCCAGUGUCACUGCCAACCAGCCCCAUCAUGCCCACCACAACUAACAGCACCACCCUAAUGGACCAGCAACAUCAGAUCCUGGCUGCUGUUGUCUCACAUAAUAAUGUUCAUGUGUCAGAGGCAAGUCCUAUGUCCCACCGUCUACCCACUGGUGCCAGUCAGGACCUCACUACAAGCAGUGACCCCACGCCCAAAAAGAAACCUCGUAAAUCGAGCAUGCCAGUUAAGAUUGAGAAGGAAGUGAUUGAUGUGGCAGAUGAUUUUGAGGACAAAGAUGAGGAUGAUGAUGAUAACAUCCACCACAAUCAUCAGUCAAGUUUUCUUCACAACAACAUUAAAAUCAACGGCAACUGCAACAAUAAUGGUGCAAGUGGCACUGGACACCAAAGUGGUGGCAGUGGCCAGCAAUCCCCCUCCCAGGAUGAGAUGAGCCCUGGCUUAGCCCUGAGAGGAAUGAUGAGGCACAGUGAGGAUGAAUGUAGGGAAGGGACUGGUAGUGACAGCAGAGGUGGUGCUUCAGAGCUGCGUUGUAUGGACAGCUUUACCUCGGAAGAUCAGGACCACGAGAGAGACUUUGAAAAUGAGUCUGAAACCUCGGAUUCCAAGAUGUUCUACCGAGAUGAUCUGAUGGAUGGGGAGGAACAUCAAAAGCACAGCAGGGGAGAAAGGGGUCUGGACAAGGAGCAUGAAAAGGAGACCCAUGAGGAAGAACACUUGAGAAAAGACAUAGAGGGAAAUUGUCAUUCCUCACCAUCACCUCACCAGGCUCCAAUCAAGAUUAAAGAGGAACUCAAUGAUCCAACUUAUGACAUGUUUUGCAUGAGCCAGUAUGGCCUCUAUAAUGGGGGCAUGGCAGCAGCUGCUGCUGCCGCCGCAAGCAUGGCUGCUCUGCAUGAGAGCUUCAUCUCUUCAAUGGGAUAUGGUGCCAGUCCACCCAAAUUCCCUAUGUCUCAAUCACCUGAAGGAGACCCAUGUUCCAGUCCUGACCCCAAGAUCUGCUAUGUUUGUAAGAAGAGCUUCAAGAGCUCCUACAGCAUGAAACUGCACUACAAGAAUGUGCACCUGAAAGAGAUGCAUGUGUGCACAGUGGCUGGCUGCAACGCUGCGUUCCCUUCCCGACGGAGCAGAGAUAGGCACAGCUCGAACAUCAACCUGCACCGCAAACUGCUGACCAAAGAGCUGGACGACAUUGUCCUCGACCCUCAACUCACGCCACUGCCCAAGGACCUGCGAGCCGAGUUUCUGGCCAAGCUCUACACCGGGCAUCACAUGGGUUUGGACCCGAUGGCCAGGGUGGGUUUCCGGGCUCCCGGCCUCGGGCUCCCUGGUCUGAACCAUAACACCCUCUCACACAUGAGCAACGAUUAUCCCCAUCAUCCUUUAAAUCAUGACCUUAGAAACCAUCACACCAACGGCCUGUUCCGGGGCCAGCCCGACGACUACAUGGUGCUGGACCUGAGCACCACCUCCAGUGUUCAGUCCAGCAGCAGCAUCCACUCCUCACAUGAGUCAGAAGAUGGCAGCGACGAAGGGAUCCUAUUGGAUGACCUAGAAGAGGAGGGAGAAGAGGAUGAGGAGGAUGGAAACAGUGAGGGAGAGGACCUCUCCCGGCGUGUGGAGAGGCGGGCUGAAGGGGGGCAUCAGGAGACUGGAAAACUCAAAGAAAGAGGGCUGGACUCUUCCUCAUCACCAUUCCUUCUUUCGUCCAGAGGGGGCAGUAAUGGCAGCAGUGGUGGGAUCCUCUGUAACAUCUGCCACAAAGUAUACAGCAACAAAGGGACCCUGCGUGUGCACUACAAGACUGUGCACCUGCGCGAGAUGCACAAGUGCAAAAUCCCUGGCUGCAACAUGGUUUUCAGCUCAGUGCGCAGCCGUAACCGACACUCUCAGAACCCGAACCUCCAUAAAAACAUGCCCUUCUCUACAAUAUUAGACUAAGCAAGGACUUCUCGUCCCUCCUGACUCCACUGUUCCUUUCUCAUCCUAAGUCCUCCUCCAUCAAAUACAAGCUGAACGCCUGUAUGCCUCCUGACCCGUUCUUUGUAAGUCACUGCAAGACAUUGCUAUCUCCAUGUAUAAAAUGAUUAACUCUAGAUGAAGUUUAUCAUUGUGUCUUUUGACUUAUCCUUCUUUGGAAGAACAGGAUGAUGCCAAUAGGCAUGGAGUUUGCUUUAUAGAAAACUCCAGCUAAUUUUACUCAUUAGCCCCUCCAUCUUUUUUUCUACCUUCUACUCUGUUUGUGUUUACGUCCAUGUCCAAAGAAUCUGUUCAAACUCUUUAUUUGUGACUUUGCCUGCAGAAACAAUAGUACUGAAAAAAAGAGAAAAACUUCCUGUUGUAUUUGUGUAACAAUAACUUUUUAAUGGACCCCUUACAAAAGCAUGACAGCUCCAUUUGUAAAUAAUGUCCCAAGAGGCUUUUUCGGUGUAAGAGUUGUGUUGAUGGUUGUUUGCUUCCUUUUCCUCUCUUUAUUGGAUUUAUGUUACAGUACAGUACGAUACUUCCAUCUAUAGGCAAGAAAGAGGUAGCAUCCUUAAAGCGGGACUCAUUUAUGUUAGUGUCAAACUGAUUCAUGGGGAAAAAACAAGAAGAUCAUGUGAAUUGUUUUAACUGCCUGUUAGAUAUUCAGAGGUCGCCGGCAUGCUUUUUUAUGCUCUUACACUGAUAUCAUUCUUUGUAUUUUUUGAGCUUUUUUCUUUGGAGUUUUUUGCUUUAGUAAACCGAUUCAGUUUUUGCACUUUGCAUCUAUACAAGGGGGACGUGUAAUAUUAUGAGGGUUUCUGCAAUGGUGAAGUCGGGUGAUUGGGGGUCCACAGUGGCUUUGUUGCUGAGGGAAGCAAUAUUACCUUCAAAUGCUUUCUUUUUGCAUGCGCUCAUUUUCAAAGCCUCUAAAAUAAACCUGAAAUAUUUCCCAAUUCCUUUACAACAUAUUCAAAGAAAAUCUAGACCUCAGUCUAAAUAAAUGUAUGUCCUCUGAUUAGAAAGAAGUCAAUGGGAUAAGUCAGUAUCUUGUUUAGGAAAUAAUUGGUGUUUUCUGUUUUCAGAAAAGCUAUCUUAAAAACUAUAAAUGUCCCACAGGUUUAAAAGAAAAAAAUCUUUCUUCAACUGUGACCAAAAUGCAUGAGUUUGCUUAAGAAAGCUCUUUCAGCAAGACAUUGUCUUUAAAUUAUGCACCAUUUAAUCAAUAGGAUGCACUUGAGUCUUAAAACAUUAACUGUGAUUUUCUGCUGCAGGUUUUCUCUGCUGAGCCCCACCUCCACAUAUAUUCUGCAGAUGUUGCAAUUUUCCUCCUUUUAGUUGCAAAGAGUUACUCACGGUACACAUAUUUUUAAUAAUUUGAGAAAGUAGCUUAGGGAAAGGGUAUUUAUUAGUGGUGAUGGAUCUUCACAGAGAUGUUUUGUCCAGGCAAAGAAUAUUGUUUGUAAAAAGACAACAAAAAAAAUCAUUGUUCAUGGAUCUUGUCUGUGUUACUCUGCAAGGAGAUCUACUCCUACUCGACUGGUGCUAAACAGCAUUGGGAAAUAUGCAGUGUUAUGUGGUGUGCUGUACAGUAUUAACAACACCUUACAUCUAUAACCGUGUUGAGUUCCACGUAUUUCACACUUCAGCCAUUCUGCUGUACAGGCGUGACCUGUUCCACUGAAAUAUCUCAGACAUUUUCUAAGACUCCACCUACAGGACACACGGGGUGUUUCUGAGCGCUCUUUUCUCUGUGAUAAAGAGGAGCUGAGGUUGAUGGAAAGGUUGUGGAGGUGGAAGGCUGACUAGGGAGGAAAGGAUGACAGCAGCGAUCAUUAAAAAUGUGCUGCUUCCCUGUUACCUGGAGGCAUCCCGCCAUUCCAGCUUCUUCUGUCUAAUAACUCACUUGUCACUUUGUUACACUGCCAGACGUCAAGGUUGCUGACAAGACUGUGACACUGACAGAAGGAGAAAAGCCAGGGAAGAGAGUGUGCUCCAAACAGUUUAAUUUGACUCAGUCAAUUAAGUUAAAUUCAGUUCAUCUCUUCAUUUUCAGUGUGCUUAUUCUCCUUCAGGGUCUGUAGUAAUUUAUUUCAGUUCUUUUUCCUUUUUUAUCCUUACUCUUUGUCUGUCAGAGCAGUCUUACCCAUUUCUUCAUCCUGCCACUCACUUACCACCUCCACAUGCCGCAAUGCAAAUCCUACAGGGACUCGCGCUAAUAGUGUAUGCUUAAGUUCACCGGACAGCCACGGCAUAGCAAAAAGGGAUGGGUAAUUGCCUGUUUAUCCCAAGUGAACGGAAAAUUGAGUACAGGAACCCCUGCCUUCUCCCAGGAGUGAGCUUCAGUGAGGCGCUCGCUGCCUCAUUCACUCAUCGAAUCCCACCGGCCUUCACUCCAGCAGAAAUAGAAAAAGUGCUUCUGCAGGAACCCCGCUGACAGCUGUCUCUCUGCACAGAAACAUUCAGAGUGGCACACGUGCAGAAGAACGACUGUCCCAAGAUGAUAUGCUGACCACAAACCAUUCACAAAUUGUGUUUUAAGAAGCUGACAUCAGUGUAGAAUAAUCCAGUUCAGUUUUAAGUAGUUCAAAUAUUAUAGAUUUCUAACCAGACAUGAUCAAAUGUGCUCCAAAUUUCUGUGGAAAUACCCCUUUGGCUAACUGUUAGCCAUCAUUAACAGCUAUCAGAGUUUCUAACUUAAUUAAAGAAUGUCGAGGUUGGCGCCUGUAAUAUUCAGACAAGUUGAUUCUUCUGAUGAAACUGUCCUAUGGUCAUGUCUUGUCUCAUUGAACAUUAGUAUGACGCAUUAAAUGUUUUUUAAGGGUGUCUGCUGACUGAAAGGCACUGCGGGGAUUCCCAAUUGUGUACCAAAGCAAACGUCUACCAUCUUAAUAAUAUUCCCUUCUAAUAAAUGUCACAGCACUUUAUGCAGAUGCUCUUCUUAACCUUUUUUAUGUGUGAAAACGGAACAUGAAAAGGGGUUUUUGAUCAGAUCAACUGACUGAAAUAACAGUAAAGUAGCGCAACAAACAAAAAAUUUUAAAUGCUUUAUUCUUUCUCCCUGGGCCGCAAGACCAAAAUGAGGUCAUUGUGUUCUUGCGGCCCUGUUUUGGAAGUUCUUGCAGCUUGUUCGUGACCCAUCAUCUGGGCAGAACUUUUUUCUCAUGUGCUGUCUGACAACUCUUAUAUACAUGCUGCAGUAGGAGGGACCAGUGAGGGUAAUACAAGAGUUCUGCACUUGAGUUCUUGUGAAGAAUGAAAGUGUGGCCCGGCCAGGAAGAACUUGGUUUCUGCCACCUCGAGUAAAAGAACAAAAUUCUCUGUUUCUGUUGAGAAUGACUUUCACUUUAAGCCCAAAACGUUUUCUAUAUUUAGUUUUUAGUGUGAAGGAAGAACACUUCCUUCGUCUAAUGCAAAUGUGAGGACAGUUAAAAAAAUAUGAUCCUCAUAAACCGUUCUGACAUUUUUUUAAAAACAGGAUUUUUUAAGCCCUUCGAAGUCAACUUUGAAGCAGGUGUCAUUCUGAAUAACUGUUAUCUACAGCCACCGGGUCCAAAAAAUCUAGAUUUUUAUUAAAUGUGGACACUGAGAGAGCUAUCUACUGUAAGUAAGAUUAAAACUACUUUGACCUUUUGACAGAACCUCAACUUCAAAAAUCCUGAAGUGCUCCUUCAAGAUUCAACUGCAUCCCAUCAAGGGCCUCCUUUUCAGAGUCACAUAUUCCUCAUGUUCUGUUUGUCACUGUCCUUUUCUCGUGGAGAAUGACCCUUAUCAUAAAUUUAAAGCAGAAAACAGGAUGUUACAGGAAGGGGUUCUUCACACCACAGGAUACAGCUCCCUUGAGGAGUAUGAGACAUUAGGUGGCAUUUGAGAGGCAGAGCAGAAAUGUGUGUAGGGAGGCUUCGAUCUGUCAUCUCAUGCAGGGGAAACAGAGGGUUAUACAGGCUGAGGUGGGAGCGAGAAUGCAGUGAAGCUAACACUCCUCAGGAGUCAUCACCAGCUUCUUCUUGAUUGCCCGUUGAAGACUGCGUCACCUUUCUCCCACACAGUCUGCUGUCCUCUGAGAAAUGACCACUGGCUUCCCUUUCUUAUAACCCUUUUGAUCCCUAACUUAACACAUUCUGCUAGCUGGUGACCGUCCAUUUCACUUAGAGCGCCUUGUCGGCCCAAACCACUGGAGUGAACCUUAAAUAUUUGAUCAGCGCAGCAUCAGCCAUCAGUUAUUCCACAAUUCCUCACUGCACACGCAGGAAGGCAGGGAUGGCGAAUGGAUAAAAAGGCCAACCUGAUUGCUGUCCAUUUCCUUCAUGUCGCAGAUGGAGUGAGAACAAUAAAAGAGGAAAGGAGAUGGGUGGCACUGCAUGCAGUUAAUGUAGCUCAAGAAACAACCUGAGGUGAAGUAUUUAACAGGACAUUGUUAGACUUGUGCAGAUAAAAGAAAAACACACAUGUCGGAUUGUACAGAUCAGAAUUCCCUCAUUAAUUUGAACUGGAACCUGUGAGAAAAAUACUGUAAAUUAAUAAAAUGUUUUUCAUGGAAUUUUCAAAUAUUUUUUACAUUCUUAAAGUAUAAAUAGUUUGAAGAGCUGGUAAGAUUAGACUUUAUUUUCAUUCACUUGUGUUUUUGAUUAUCCAAUGCAUUAGUGUCUGUGUUUAAAAAAAGCCUAUGCUACAGCACUCGACAGCGUUGCAUGGCUUCAUAGUCGCACUGCAAAAAACUAACAAAAAAUAGAGAGCAAAGGAUCCUUUGCUGUUAAAAAGGUGACUUUGGAAGCUUCAUUGAUACUGUAUGUUACCUAAAGAGGUGUUUCCCAUGUGCAGACAGAAGGAAAAAAAUGAUCCUUUUUAAGAGACUUUUCUUUCUUUAUUUUUAGCCUUUCCUCUAUUUUUUUCUGUAUCAUAACUGUCUAUGUUGUUUUGCAUAAAAUGCAUAAGGGUUUUGGGAUGUAAAUGGAAUUUUAUUCAUAUUUUGUCCAAAUACCUCUUGUAAUUUGUAUCAGAAUUCUUGUACAAUUUUUAUAUUAAAGAUUUAUCAGUCACUGGCAA